ACAAAGUACCGUCUCUUCUGUUCCAUAGACCGGUAUCAUGGCCGCAACAAAGACAAUCGAAGUCCCCCACCUCGGUGGUAUCAAGGCAGGUUAUGCUCUGUCAGGCGAUGGCUACGAUGCCUCCAAGCCGACAUGUGUCCUCAUCAACUCGAUGUGCACCACGGUAUCGCUCUAUCGUGAUCAGUUCAGCGACACGAAGCUCACGGACGCGGUAAACCUGCUCGCUAUCGAGCCGUUGGGCCAUGGGGCAACCAGUUGUCCCUCCGAGCACUUCACAUACUGGGAUACGGCCAUCAUGGCAUUGCAGGUCAUGGACGCAUUGGGGGUCCAGAAGGCGUUUGUCUUGGGAACUAGCCAAGGUGGAUGGAUGGUUGUCCGCAUGGCUUUGUUGGCUCCAGAGAGGAUCCUGGGUCUUUUGCUCCUCGGAACUUCGAUGGACUCUGAAUCUGCCGACUCGCGCUCCAAAGGCUGCUGGGAUCCCGCCCCGAUUAUCAAGCCCUUCAUUGAAAAAUGGACAAGUGCCACGGAAACGCCCGACUUCAUCGUGGAUGAUGUUUGGUGUGAAAUGGUUGGGGGCAUCGGUUUCGGAGGGGCAGUGACUGCGGAGACGGUUGAGUUUUGGAAGAAGACUUUGAAGGAUAUAUACAAAGGUGACGAAGGUAGAAAGAAGGUCAGGAUGGCGGCUCUAUGUCUGGUGGAGAGAGAUGGGCUCUUGUUCAGAUUGGGAGAUAUCAAAUGUCCCGUCUACUGGUUGCAGGGAACAGAAGACGCUCCUUACGGCCAAACAAUCCCGGCCGAACAAAUUAAACUCUUCACUUCAUCCAAGGACGCUAAACUCACCAUGGUCCAAGGCGGAGGGCAUUAUCUCAAUGCAACUAACCCAAGUGAGGUCAACGUAGCGCUUUUGGACAUGGUUAGCAAGUAUAAAUAAGGGGUUGUCUGAAUCAACUUUUUGGGAGUAUAUACACCUACCUAGGCACCUAGAGCUGCGAAGAGAACACUGCUUGAACUGUGUAGAUCAUACCUACC